GCGGCGCAGGGCUCGAGCCCUGAUUAAAGGCCAUUUCUUUUCCUGGGGCGCCGCGCCGGCGAAUGAUUGUCUAUUUGCUUUCUUGUUUCUUUGCUAGAGCUCCGGUUUGAAAUUCGCUAUAUUUCCGUCCCGUCCGACUCCUUCUUGAUUACCGUUGCUCAGCUGGAUCCCUGGUCUCGCGGCUGGAUCCGACCACCGGCCUCCCAGGGAUUGCUUGCCGGAGCGGGUCAGCUCAGCUGGGCUCCUUCCUCCGUCGGCGUCAGUAAUACUAGCCAGCUAGGACAUCACACGUGAACCGGGGAUAAUGGCGGGUGGUGGCACUCAGCAGAGCCUCAGGAAGUACCUUGGUGCCCUCAAGGACACCACAACUGUGAGCCUGGCGAAAGUGAACAGCGAUUACAAGGAACUGGACAUUGCAAUUGUGAAGGCCACAAACCAUAGCGAGCGUCCAUCGAGGGAGAAGUACAUAAGAGAAAUUUUCCUUUCCAUUUCUGCUGCAAGGCCAAGGGCAGACGUAGCUUACUGCAUUCAUGCCCUUGCGAGGCGCCUUUCAAAGACACGGAACUGGGCGGUUGCACUGAAGACAUUAAUUGUCAUACAUCGUGCCCUUCGAGAAGUUGACCCCACGUUUCGUGAAGAGCUUAUUAAUUAUGGCAGAUCUAGAUCACAUAUGCUAAACAUGGCCUACUUUAAGGAUGAUUCUAGUUCAGGAGCUUGGGAUUAUUCUGCAUGGGUACGCACUUAUGCUUCAUAUUUGGAAGAGAGACUUGAAUGUUUCAGAGUGCUGAAGUAUGAUGUGGAGUCAGAUCCUCCGAGGACCCGGGAUCUUGAUACUGUUGGUGUGCUAGAUCAUCUGCCACCACUGCAGCAACUUCUUUUCCGGCUUCUUGCUUGCCAGCCACAAGGGGCAUCAUCUUAUAAUGUCAUAAUCCAGCAUGCACUUUCAAUGGUUGCUCUGGAGAGUGUCAAGAUCUACACUGCCAUUAGUGAUGGGACAAUAAAUCUUGUUGACAAGUUCUUUGAAAUGCAAAGAAAUGACGCUGUUAGGGCCCUUGACAUAUACAAAAGAGCAACUAACCAGUCUGAGAGACUGUCAGAAUUUUAUGAAGUGUGUAAAACAAUACACGUAGCACGUGGUGAGAAGUUCUUGAAAAUUGAACAGCCUCCGGCAUCAUUCAUGCAAACCAUGGAGGAAUAUGUGAGAGAUGCUCCUGCGAUGAAAGAUAAGGCCAUACUGGCUAUAGAAUACAACAAAGAGCCAGAGGAGGAAGUCAAGCCAACUUCACCGCCUCCGGUUUCUGAACCUGAAGUGGAACAAGAGCCGGAGCCCGAACCAGAACCAGAGCCAGUAAAAGAGGAAGCACCUGCUGCUGAACCAACAGACUUGCUGGGUCUGAAUGAAACACACCCUGCUGUGGCUGAGAUAGACGAGAGGAAUGCUCUAGCGCUGGCGAUUGUUCCAAUAGAUGACGUACCCAAGGCCGCUCCUGCUUUUGAAAAUGGAGUCACAGGCUGGGAACUGGCCCUUGUCACUGCACCCAGUUCAAAUGAAACUGCCGUCGCUUCAGGCAAAAAAUUGGCUGGUGGACUGGACUUGCUCACCCUUGACAGCCUAUACGAAGACGCGAACCGACGAGCGAGCCAGCCCGCAAGCUACAACCCCUGGGAGACCACCGGUGCCGCCCCGGCCCCGAUGAUGCAACAGCCAGCAGCAAUGCAGGACCCGUUCUACGGCUCGAACGGGUACGCGGCGCCCCAUGCGGUGCAGAUGGCCGCCAUGGCCCAGCAGCAGCAGGCUUUCAUGCUUCAGCAGCAGAUGAUGAUGGCCAACCACCACCCUCAGGCCCAACAGUACCACCACCAGGCACAAGCAGCCCCGGCGAACCCAUUCGGUGCCAACCCGUUUGCGCCCGCCGGUGCCCAACACCCUUACGGCGGCGCUGGCACCGGGAUGAUGCCCCUCCACGCCGUCCAGGGCAAUGCGUACACCGGGCUGAUCUAGCCGGUGGUUCACAGAUGAAAACUUUGUUCUGCCCAUGUUCUUUUUUCUUGGCUGCCAUUGUGACGGCUUUGUAGCUCAGGUAGGAAUGGGGGGAGUGACACGGCCGUUGAUCGGGAGCAAAGGAGUGUAGCUGGUUUGUCGGAUUCGGAUCGAUCCGUGUAGGCGCUUGUGUAUUUUGUAUAUGGCGUUUCUCGUAUGUGCAGGUGAGUCUGGGGGAUAUAUAUACGUUGGCGGAUUGGAUUAUUCAUGGAUGUUUGGUGCGACGAUGAACAAUAAUGUGACGAUUCUUUGUAGUGUAAAAUGGAAGAACCGUGAUGUUCUUGUGCAACA